AUGAAGUUGAAGGAGGGCGAUUCAGCGGCGGGGUUGGCAUUAUCGGAUGAGAUCGCUAGACGUGUGGCAAAAGACUUAAAACUCUACGCAGGCCACGCGACAUCAUUCUCCCCCCAGCUGCUGUCAUGUGCAGCGGUCGUACGGCAGUAUUCCAAGGCUGGCGUCUUUCAAGCAUUGCCGGACUGGACAACCAUCGUCGACAAUGAUCCACGCAUCAAGCAUCAUCCAAGAUUCCACAAGACGGUAAAUUAUCGUCAUGUCACUAGUUUUGGGGUCACGGAACCUGUUGCUUCCGGUUUGACGGAUGCGCAAGCUACCUCCUCAACACUGCCCUUCGGUGCCACUCCGGAGGGCAGAUCGAUAGCUCACGUUCAAGACCCUGCCCUCACAAAGGAUAUCUUGAGCCCGGCCAUACAUGCACAUGCAUCUACCCCGGCAGCCUUGUUUGACCAGGUCCCGCCAACUCCUCCGCGAACAGUAACGGCACCUUUGGAACCGCUGACUCCUAUGUACCCUUCUACCGCAGCUGCGCCAAGCAAGGACGAUCCUAGUGUGACGGGAAACAUGAAGACACAAACGAAGACCGUUCGACAACCGGCCAAGCGGAAGAACAUACAAGCGGAAGAUGAUGCCACAAAUGAAACUUACGGGAUGCGUAGACCAGCACCACGCCCAUUAUCCCGGCAAUCUGCCCCGAAAAGGAAGAAGAAGUUCAUGUCGGAUGAUGAUGAGAACCACCUGACCGGAAGCAUACUCGUCACCCGGAAGCACAAAUCGUCGGCAUCGACGGCAAAUGCAGUUGCAGGACUGGUCAAUCCAACGCCCUCGGACACGGUCGAUAAAGGUUUCUGGGAUGCAGACACCCGGCCUACUGGAUGGGGUCAUGAUUCCACCAUUGCAACGGCGGCGGAGUAUUCCGUUCGCUAUCACCCUCGAAAGUGUGACAAAUGUGUCAAAUUGGAUGUACCUUGUAUUGUACUGCCGGACAAGAAACAUGGGUUCACGCGACUUGCCUGUGCCAACUGCGAUGAAAUGAAGAUAACCUGCGCAAUUGACGGUGUUGGCGUCCGGGAGAGGUUGCAAGCAAAGUCGAAGGGAGAUGAAGCACUUCCUCCCAAACGUACUCAAAUCCGCACCCCCAAAUCGCGCCCCACCAAAACUCAAGCUAAAGCUGCCACCACAAAAAGAAAGAAAAAACCUGCUCGUGUAUUCACCCGUGCCGGACAAAAGGAUGUUCCGUUGGAUUUAUCGGGCGACUCACAUGUGGACCAACCAAUGGAGGGUGUGACUCCACAUCCGGAUCCACUGGCAUCCCUGGCCAUGCAGCCUUUGGAGACAGUGUUACCCCCAGCAACGGCCCAACCGAUCACCGAUCCUACGGUUGGGUCAGGCAGACUCAGACAUCAGCCCGAGCCCGAGCCAACUGCCAGAGAUAUACUGCAUAGUAUACAUGACCUCGGUAGACGGUGUGAUGGAGGAGAGAUUAGAUGUGAGGUUGACCGUGCUGGAGAAACGUUUAAGCGCUUCGAAUCAGCAUUGGACUGCGAUAUCAUCAUCUCUGGGCAAUUUGGCCAUGGCUCUUCGGAAGCACAAAGACGAUCAGAUGAUACACCGUCCUCCGGUGAUGAGGAGGCUGCCUCGCAAAUUGCGAGGCAGCCCCCUGGUGUCAACAGCAGACGGCUAGAUAAUGCCAGGAGAUCUGUAUCUACAGCUGUACCUGGAACAUCGCUUCCGUUCGCCUCCUCUCCUUUAUCCUCCCGAUUCUCUAGCGCCCCUCCCGGCACAUCCGGCGAGUAG